GGGCAUCCGGACACCAUUCAUCACCUUGCAGCCAGCUGCCAACAUUGAUUCGAGCAAAAUAUCAGUUUAGCUAGCUGUACUCAUUUAAACGAACAGGGAGAAUCGAUGAAAUAAUAAGGGUAACCUUUUACAUACAGGUAAUGUUUUUUUGUGCUAUCGACAACUUUAGAUAGCUAAAUACAACAGCUGUAAUUUGUGCUAACUAGCUAAUGGCAAGUUGGUUGUCUAACCCAAAAAUACAAUAGACGAGCAUAUCAAAAUAAGCCUUUGCAAUGCAUGUUAGUCCUUUCAAAUGUUUAACAAGUGUUUAAUACAAUGCCAUAGAUCGUUAGCUAGCUAGCUAACUCUACAAAUCGUUGCACUUGAUGUCAACGCUGCCAAUAUAGCUAACUAGCAGCUAGCAAUUUGAUGAUGAUGAUGAUGAUGAUGAUGGUGUGGGGAUGCGCUUCCAAGCUCGCGCUGGACGUUUUUUUUUCGCUGCAUCGAUGGCGUUACGUUCGUUAAUAGUGCAAUGUAUUUUACUAUUAAUAUGGCACACAUUAAUGAGAUUAUUUUAACAGUGUUCCCAUUUCUCUCUGUACUAACAGGUCACAUCAACAGUACUGUAGCUAGUUAUUUAGCUUUGCAAAACAUAUUUUAGUUUUUCAUGCUCAAUGUCGGUCAGUCUUCGCUUCAUUUUGGGAAAUCACAAAAUUGACCUCAGUCUGUCCACACCUUGAUCUGCCUGAAAAUUACAACGUUGUAAAUUCCCUGCUAAUUUGAAGUUUGUGUUUAGGUUCAAAAGCAUCUGUGAUGGGUAUCUAACAAUAACUCUGCUCAGGCUUUGUCCCACCUCAAGCUGAUCAAUAUGUAGGCCGAUUCUCUUGUUGAGUGAAGCAUGAUCUUUGAUUCUAUGAAUAAACUCGUCACAGACUGUUUGGUCUUCAGCAAAUCGUGAGUUGGCAGGUGCAGUUUGGAGCUUGUUUUGCAGUCUUUGACCAAGCCAACUCACCUGACUUUGCUGAACACACACCAGUGUCAAUAUGAUGACAUUUCAUCUUGCUUUGUGACUUGUUUUCCCAGGUGAUAUUGAAGACAAGACAUACUGCACUAAGUUUCUGCUCAUAUCAGCAGCUUUUCUGGGUCUUGAAGUGGGCUAUUCUGUUUACAAAUGGAGACUGGGGCCAUAGGGUAUGUAACACAGGACAACCUAAAGUCAAGGCUACCUUAAAAUUCAGUGCAGAUUAAGAGUAAUGUUGAUGGCUGCUGAGAUGAGUAUGUUGACCAGUAUCACAGUGGAUCGAAUUAAAUAUGUUUUAUGCAUUGCCAGAUGUUUUUUGUUCAACAUAUAUAUUGCUGUUGAUGCUAUUCUUUCUGGAUGUAUUCAUAUAGCUAUAUUCAUGUCCUUGUCUUCUACCACAAUGCUAAUGUAUUAUUUGUCAAUUUCUCACUCUGUAGAUGACUGACCCAGUCACCUUGAAUGUGGGGGGCCACCUGUACACCACCUCCCUAUCAACCCUGCAGCGCUACCCAGACUCCAUGCUGGGCGCCAUGUUCCGCGGGGAUUUUCCCACAACACGGGACGCCCAGGGAAACUACUUCAUCGACCGCGACGGGACGCUCUUCCGGUACGUGCUGAACUUCCUGCGUACAUCCGAGCUCACGCUCCCUGUGGACUUCACUGAGACUGACCUCCUGAGGAAGGAGGCGGAUUUCUACUUGAUCGAACCAUUGAUCCAUUGCCUCAACGAACCCAAGCCACUCUACCCUCUGGACAUCUUUGAGCAGGUGGUGGAGCUGUCUAGCACACGGAAACUAUCCAAGUAUUCAAACCCAGUGGCUGUCAUUAUCACGCAGCUCACCAUAACAACCAAGGUGCAAGCCCUGCUGGAGGGCAUCUGCAAAAAUUUCACCAAGUGGAACAAACACAUGAUGGACACCAGAGACUUCCAGGUGUCCUUUACUUUUGGACCGUGUGACUACCACCAGGAAGUGACCCUCAGGGUUCACCUAAUGGACUACAUCAUGAAGCAAGGCUUCACCAUCCGGAACACUCGAGUGCAUCACAUGAGCGAGCGAGCCAAUGAGAAUACAGUGGAGCACCACUGGACAUUCUGCAGACCGGCUCGCAAAGUAGAAGACUGAUGACUGUGCCACAGCUGUAGUCUAUGGAGUUAUAGGUUCAGCUUUCUCAAUGGAAGAGAGAAGGUACAAAUAACAAGUGGUAAAUUCAUGCCCUAAUACUAUAAACACUUUUUGAUUGUGAAAAUAAAAGAAUGCAUAAUAAUCAAGUUCUUCUGUAAAUACCUGUCUUAUCUGAAUGUUAACAAUGUUGUCUGUUUAGGCAUAAAUGGCAUAUGGUUACGAUAUCUGAAUUGUGCAAUUGAGAAUCCAGGCAUUAUUGCAUGUUCAAAAUGAAGUGUUAUAUGUCAACAUUCUAGAGCUCAUGUCAUCAGUGAUGUAGUUGGUCUUAGAGCUGGGGGAUAUGGACAGAACCAUAUCGUGAUCAAUUGCCUGAAUUGAUG